AGGCCCACAAUAAGUUGGAAACGUGAAGCCCAACAAUUGGAGCAUACUAGGGCACACUACUCCCCUAAUCCCUCUGAUCACUCCAAGACUCUUGUUCUUGAAUAUCAAACUUCAGAAACAGUUGGAAGGAAAAGGGAAAAAGGAAAAACUAAAAGAAAUAAAGAAAGAGAGCAUGGGUGAAAGGGGGCAUGAGGGUGCAAAUCCUACACACAACAAGAGAACUGGUCUGCCCAGAAAACGAUUUUAUCGAGCACGUGCUCAUAGUAAUCCAUUAAGUGACUCGCAUUUUCCAAUUCCUAUUUCCCCUGCUGAGGUUGAUUAUUCCCUACAUUACCCUGAAAUGGUUAAAGUAGAUCCUUCCAAAAAGAUCCAGUUUGCUGAUGUUGGUUGUGGAUUUGGAGGCCUAUUAAUCUCCCUUGCACCCCUUUUCCCUGAUACCCUAAUGGUCGGAAUGGAGCUACGAGACAAGGUGACAGAGUAUGUGAAGGAGCGAAUUUUAGGGUUGAGGACGACUAAUCCUGGUCAAUACCAGAAUAUUUCGGUGGUACGGACCAAUUCAAUGAAGUACAUUCCGAAUUACUUUGGGAAAGGACAGCUUCAAAAGAUGUUCUUCUUGUUUCCGGACCCCCAUUUCAAAGAGAAGAAUCAUCGUCGACGAGUUAUUAGUCCAUUCUUGCUAGACGAGUAUGCAUAUGUGCUUGCUGUUGGUGGAAUUAUAUACACAAUAACGGAUGUCGAGGAGCUUGGUGAAUGGAUGAAAUCCUGUUUGGAAGAACAUCCGAUGUUUGAGCCACUUACAAAUGAAGAGCUUGAAGCUGAUCAGGUUGUAAAGCUCCUCAGUAGUGCAACAGAAGAAGGACAAAAGGUAGCACGCAAUGAUGGACAAACAUUUCGAGCUGUUUAUAGACGAAUUGCAACUUGCUGAGUUAUCAUGGUCAAAUUCUAGGGGAUUUUUGUAACUUUCUUCGCUUCGAGUCUUCAUACCUGUCUGAUUGUAAGAGAUGAUAUCCUAUGUCUUCUUUUGUUGAGUCAACAGAAGUGCGGUCUGUGCAACUAAUUAUAGGUACUUUGUGACAGAUUAUGAAGAUUAAUCACCAUUCUGCCAUUUUUUCUUAA